UAACCUUCCACAUAAAUUGUGAUGUUGUGAGCUUGAAGGAUGACGGCUGGAAGUUGAUAAACGGUUUUCUUCAUAUAUCUCCAGCAAAUUUAGGGAACUAUCGAAGAGGGGAAGGUUGAAAAUAAGGAGCCCGAAAUUCCUAUCCCGUUUAACCUUUGAGGGCAUUAAACUCUCUCGAGAGGGUUAUCUUUGACCAUAAUUGUGAGAUAUCUAACUCGACCUCUUUAUUUAUCUUUCAGAUAAUGGAGGAAGACACGAUACCGGAUGGGACCCUCGAUAUAAAGGAAACGAGACCCUCUAGCCAAGAUUUUUCCAAAUGUAGCACCGCUGAGGAUUUUUGGCCCCCGACGUCGUUCGAUGGCGAAAAACCCAAUCAAUCUCGCAUCCGUCGAAAUAAUUCCUCUCCAGAAACCUGUCCACAACCAGCUGCAGGCUCAAAUCUGACUCGAUCUCAUUCCUUCAUUCGUCGGAAUGUAUCUUCUCCUUCUCUCAGGAGCUUCGAUACCAAUGAUGGAACAGUGAAAUCUAAAUUGCUGAAAGCCUCAAGGUUAUCUUCUAGCAGGAGUGCCAUUCAUCUGUGGAAAUUAACAGAGAGACCUAGCGAAGUAGCCAUCCGUACAGAAUCCGCCAUUGGUUCUCUUUACGAACCAUUCGAAGACGUCAAGAUCCAAUUAGUGAGGCAAGCUAGAGAAGUAUUGUUAUGUCGAUAUCAAGGAGAUUAUUGGAAAUUCUGUCAAAGGUUCUUGCAACCCGUUUCUCUUCUACUUAAUGAAUUGAAGUCCAAAGUAAGUUCCUCUCUUUGUUUUAGCGAUAAUUAGCAAUUCUUUUUAUAUUCCAAUUUCCUAAAGAAUCUUGUUUUAGUAACGGAUUUUCGGCUAUUUUUUUUUCGUGU